CUGAUAGUGAUUAGGAUUGUCCGUAGGAUUGUCGCAGUCUCGGAGUGUUGAAGUUGAACUCGCAGUGUUUUGCUCGAACUGCAGAGAUUGUAACAAGUGAAUCGUAAUCAUAUUCGCAUAUUUUUUAUUAUUAUUGUGCAUUUCAAUAAAAACAAACAACGCAUACAAAUCUCAGUGUUUUGUGAAAGUUGAGUGAACACAAUAAAUACAGUUCAGUUGCUAAAAGACUGCAAGAUAACAAGUUUUUGUGUCGAUUUGAGUGGUUUCAAAUUGACUUUGACGCACUACAGGCGACCAAUCGGUUGGCGCCAAAGAUUAUGUAGUAAAUGCGUGUUUGAAUGUUUAUAAUUGUAUAAACAACUGUUGGUGAAAUCACAUGUUGAAUGGGGACCACGUGAGCUGCAAUUAUGCUGUUAAAAUGUACUGCCGAUGGAAGACGCAUCAAAGUCAACGGGGCACCAAUCAGCCAGGGCAAUGUGGCGAGAGGCAUGAAAAUGACCAUGUCCACGUCCGCCACAAUGAGCGCCCGCGUGCACAGGAAGGUAAUGCGCGCGCCGCAUAAGCGCGCCCACCCGGGGAAGAUGUUCCACGCCGGGAAGAUGGUCCACCCGGGGAAGAAUGCCCAUCUCGGGAAGUUCGGGAAACUGGGCCACUACGCGCACACACACGCGGUCCGCCCGCCCGACGCCUGCGAGAACAGCAACGACAGCGGCCUGGGACCCGACCCUCUCCACAGAUUAUCCGAGCCAACCGACGAGUGGGACGCGCCGGACUCGAAGCGGCGGCGCGAAGCCGACGCGGGCGUCAAACUUGAGUGCGACGAUGCCAACGACGCUUAUGCGUUCGCGCCGCCCGCCGCGCCGCCCGCCGCGCCCGCGCCCGCCCCGCUCGACGCUGCGUCCGCCACGCUACCCAUUCCCGCAAUAAGAGCCGGCUGCAGCAUAUCUAGUCCAAGCAUAACCGAGUCGCCGGGCAAACGGUUCCAAGACCCCGCGUACAGAUCCUGCGGUAAAUUGGGGAGCAGCGGGAAGCUGGCCAGCAAGUACGCGGCCGGGGGUAAACUGGGGGGCAAGCUAGGGGGCAAGCUGGGGGGGAAGUAUGGGGGCAAGCUAGCCCAGGCGCUGGCGAGGCGGCGGGCGCUGGCGGCCAUGUCGCACUCGGGCCCGCCCGGCCUGUCCGCGCCGCUGUCCUGUAAGUCCCGCGACGGCACCGUGGAACUGCAGAUCCUGUGCCAGCCCGAGUCGCAACACCGAGCCAGAUAUCAGACUGAAGGCAGUCGAGGAGCUGUCAAGGAUAACUCAGGGAAUGGAUUCCCUGUUGUCAAAUUAGUUGGCUACGAUAAACCAGCUGUAUUACAGGUGUUCAUAGGCACAGACACCGGUCGCGUGGCGCCACAUAUGUUUUACCAGGCGUGCCGCGUGUCCGGCAAGAACUCCACCCCUUGCAAGGAGCGGAAGGAGGACGGGACCGUGGUCAUCGAGAUUGACCUCGAGCCCGGCAAGAACUGGCAGGUCACAUGCGACUGCGUUGGAAUACUCAAGGAGCGCAACGUGGACGUGGAACAUCGUUUCGGCGAGACGCUGGGCGGGUCGGCGCACGCGGCGCGCGGCAAGAAGAAGUCGACGCGCUGCCGCAUGGUGUUCCGCACUGAGAUCCUCGACGCCAGCGGCCAGCCGGAGACCCUGCAAGUCUGCUCCACGCAGAUCAUCUGCACUCAACCCCCAGGAGUACCGGAGGUGUGCCGCAAGUCGCUGGUGUCGUGUCCGGCGACGGGCGGCCUGGAGCUGUACCUGCUGGGCAAGAACUUCCUCAAGGAGACCCGCGUGGUGUUCCGCCUGCAGCAGGACACGGGCACGUGGGAGGAGGAGGUCGCCCCGGACAAGGAGUUCCUGCAGCAAACGCACCUAGUAUGCUGCGUGCCGCCUUUCCAACGCACCGAUAUCACAGAAGCGGUGUGCAUUCAACUGUUCGUGCGUUCAGGAGGCAAGGCCUCCGAACCACACCUGUUCUACUACACACCCGGCCCCGUAUCAGGCCCAUUGCACAGUAGUACGCACCCCAACCACGCUCACCAUCAAGGUGAUGACCGGCCUGUGCCCAUGUGCUGGGGCGUAGGCGGCGUGGGCGGCAUGGGCGCGCUCAUGCCGCCGCCGCAGACGCCCGCACGGCGACCCUCCAUCAUCGUGCCCGAUCCUCACUCACCGCUUGGACUUAAAAGUGAGGUGACGGACGAGUCGAGUCAACACUCGCUGAUCGAGGGCGCCGACGGCUGCGAGGACAAGCCGCUGGCCGACGAGCUCGGCAUGGACCUGCGCCUCAAGUCCGAGGCCAUCUCCAGGGACCCGCAACAGGUGGGUUUCAUGGGCAGCUACGAUACCAUGAAGCUGUCGCCCGGCGCGGCGCCGCAGCGGGAAUCGCCAACAUCACUCGCCUCCUUCACGCAACAAUUGCAAGCUAUCCAGAACCAGGUGCAGACCGACAAGAUGGUCGAGUCCGUCACCGCCGCUAUCUUCAACUCCGACCCCGCCACGCAGAUCUACGGCGAACACCCGCCUAUCAUGAACCCGAUGGACCCCAUGCGUCAGCUCGUGGCGUCCAAAUCCGCCAUGGGGACGGAUAUGAAGGCGCUCAGUCCGCAGCUCAUGAUGGCGGAAGGCGAGCGACGACUGCUGGGUUUCGAGCCGGCGCCGGGCCGCGACGACGGAUUCAACCCCUUCGGCGCGAUGACUAAGAUGGAGUCGUCCGCCAUUUCUCAGCGGCUGGCGCGACAGAGCGCGCACAUGGACGCGCUGGUGGAGGACGCCAUGCAAGCGUCGGCCGCCAUGCUGCCCGCCGACGCCGCCAAGCUGGACGCGUUAGUGAACUCGCGAGCCGAAGACCACCUGUCCGGCUCGUCCAGCUCGCCGACGCGGGAGCCCGAGCUGCUUCCCGCCGCGCCCGACGAGCUGAUGCUGAUGCCGGAACUGCCCGGCUCGGUCAAGACGCCGCCGGCCGCCGUCAAGUCCAUGAUCCUCAACGCGGCGGCCGAGAUCCUCACGUCGGACUCCACGAUGAACGCGCUGGUGACGUCCGCCAUCAACACCGCCAACAUCCUGACGACGGAGAGCGACGCGGCGCCGCCCGCCGAGCCGGCCGCGGGCGACACGCCGCUGGUCGCCAUGUCGCAGGCCGUGUCGCAGGCCGUGACGCAGGCCGUGUCGCAGGCCGUGUCGCAAGCCGUGUCGCAGGCCGUGUCGCAGGAGAUGACGGCGCCCGUGCAGGGCCUCACCGACAUGAGCGACAGCGACCUGCUGUCCUACAUCAACCCCAGCACCUUCGACCAGGUGUGAGGGGCGCCGCACUGAUGCAUUUCUAGCGAGUACCGGGCUCAAAGCAGUUUAUUUGUUUAAUUAAUUAUAGUAUAGAUGUCACUAGUAUUGUGUAAGCCAAUAUAAUCUCUAUGUGUGACUGCAUAUGUUUGUUUUUACGGUGCUCGGUCUGAGCGAUAAUAGAGCGAAAUAUUGUAUAGUAGCCGGUGAGAAAAAUUGUACAUCGACUUUUAGAAAGAGAUAGCGGUCUCGUAGAGCGUUGUCUCUUUCGGUGAGACCGACAUAACACACACAGGAAUGAGUGACAGAGACAACGCUCUACGGAGCCGAAAGCUCUUUCCAAAGGUUGAUGUACAAUAUUUCUUGAAGAUGCUCUUCUCAAAAAAUAUAAUGCGUCCAAAAUAAGAACAGGAAUGAAUUUUUGUCGUAAUAUUGUGAUGUCUUACCACAUAUAUUUUGAUUUAAUACCUACCUAUAUAUUGUAAAACUGAAUUAUAUAAUGUAGAAAAAAUCGUUAGUUAUAAGCGCAAGGUAUUUUCCUUGCAAAUCGUAAUUUUCACGUGAUAGUUGACAGAUACAGGUCAUUUGGCGCUUUCCUAUUCUUACUAUAAACGCAUUAUAAAGUCGCGAUUACACUUGUAAGUUUUACUCGUGUAAGUAACUUUUUCAACUUACGUAAGUAACGUACGAUAUCAGUCGUAAGUUAAUUACGUAAGCUACUUACGUGAGUGAAACUUACAGGUGUACCUAAUCGCGGACUAACAUCGAGCACCCGUAACAUUGUGUAAGUACGAUUGAGUCAAUUAAUACAUGUGACAGUAUUACAGGGCAAAUGAUUGAUGGAAUUUACGUGUGCUCUUGCGCGAACCACCAGCGGAUGUUAUCCUAUAGGCCGAGAGAUCACGACACAAAAUCUUAUACAAAAAAAAUAAAAAAGUUUAA